CCUCAAGCUUUGAGAGGCUGUUGAAAGCUUCCUCUGUCGUCGUCUCCGCAGUCGAUCCUUCUCUCCGAGCUUCUUCUGCCGACGUUCUGUCCACCUUCUUCUCUUCUUCGUCCGUAUGGAUCUGUUACAGCGACUGCAGGGAGGCAGAGGAGAAGAGGACGUGGACGUGGACGGACGGAGCGUGAUUGUGUGUGCGCAGUAAUAAACCAAUGAGAAGAGGUCAACCUUACCACAAUCCCCCAAAAGGAGCCCACCAGUCUGAGGAUGAAAAGGAGGAACAGGUAGCAAAAGAAGAAGAAGAUGACAUCACCUCCUCCUUGUGCCCCCUGUGUGGGCGUGGCUUUGACAUGCCCCUCCUCCUGCCCUGCUCACACACAUUAUGUGGGCGGUGCUUAACAGAUGGGGCGAGGAUGGACAAACAUAGAUCUACAGUAAGGGGCGUGUCCUAUGCCUCUAGACCAAUCUGUGUCGUUCUUUGCCCGCGUUGUUGCCAUGGCGUCGAAUUGCCCUGCUUUGACUGGUCAUCUGCAACUAGAUGCUUGCCCAUUGACCCUACGGUGACCCUUGAUCCUGAGUGUGGUGCAGUGACGUGGGCGGUUCCAGAGGAAGAUGAAGAUGUGGAUCUUUCUGAGGAAGAGAUGGAGCGGUCCGUAUCAGGUUUAAUUUUUGCCUUAGACUCCUCCUCUGCUGCCCCGCCCCUUCAUCUCACAAGCUCCGCCCUCACUGCUACCUUCAGAGGAGGCUCUAGUCCAGGGGGUAACUAUGGCAACCGGUGCGGGUGUCAUGACCCUUGUGCCCCCCUCCCUCAGGUUUGCGGCAAUGUUGCCAUCCACAGAGGCCAGUACUACUGGGAAGUUGAUGUGUGCAACAGCACCCUCUAUAGGAUUGGUGUAAGCUCAUUGGCUGGCGAUCGGGCAUGGUGGUUUGAGAGGUGUGGCCCUGCUUUCCAUGCCAUUUUUGAUGGACGGCAUGAGCUCCUCCCUUCCGUCCCCCCUCAGCUGAAGACGGUGGGCGUGUUCCUAAACAUGGGUGGGUCUUCCCUCACCUUCCACAACCCUUUAACUCAAGAGCUUCUCGCUGCAAUCCCCUCCCGCUUCACGCCUCCCCUUUGCCCUGCCGUUCAGCUGGGCCAUGGCAGACUGAAGCUCCGCUCAGGCCUUCCUCCUCCAAACCACAUCUUCUUGAGCUGCGGCUCGGCCUACCGGGGUCCAGGAGGGGCAGGAGGGGGCCGGUGGAGGCGGGACGUUGCUUUCGGAUCUGUGAGAACCGUGAUUCAGAAGUUUGAGGAGAUGGCGUCGUCAGAAUCGGACUCGGGCCUGAUGUCAAGUUACAGCUCCAGCUCCACGCUGGCCUCCCUGCCUGAGCCCAACGCAGGCCUAGAGAGAGCACACCCUGCUGGACAAGAACAGUAG